ACCCAAGAAGAGGAAGACCCCAGAGGAAGACCCAAGAAGAGGAAGACCCCAGAGGAAGACCCCAGAGGAAGACCCAAGAAGAGGAAGACCCCAAGAAGAGGAAGACCCAAGAAGAGGAAGACCCCAAGAAGAGGAAGACCCCAAGAAGAGGAAGACCCCACGAAGAGGAAGACCCAAGAACAGGAAGACCCAAGAACAGGAAGACCCCAAGAAGAGGAAGACCCCAAGAAGAAAAAGACCCCAAGAAGAGAAAGACCCCACGAAGAGGAAGACCCCAAGAAGAGGAAGACCCAAGAAGAAGAAGACCCAAGAAGAAGAAGACCCAAGAAGAGGAAGACCCCAGAGGAAGACCCAAGAAGAGGAAGACCCCAGAGGAAGACCCAAGAAGAGGAAGACCCAAGAACAGGAAUACCCAAGAACAGGAAGACCCAAGAACAGGAAGACCCCAAGAAGAGGAAGACCCAAGAAGAGGAAGACCCCAAGAAGAGGAAGACCCCAAGAAGAGGAAGACCCAAGAAGAAGAAGACCCAAGAAGAAGAAGACCCAAGAAGAGGAAGACCCAAGAACAGGAAGACCCAAGAAGAGGAAGACCCAAGAAGAGGAAGACCCCAAGAAGAGGAAGACCCCAAGAAGAGGAAGACCCCAAGAAGAGGAAGACCCCAAGAAGAGGAAGACCCCAAGAAGAGGAAGACCCCAAGAAGAGGAAGACCCCAAGAAGAGGAAGACCCCAAGAAGAGGAAGACCCCACGAAGAGGAAGACCCCAAGAAGAGGAAGACCCAAGAAGAGGAAAGAAGACCCCAAGAAGAGGAAGACCCAAGAACAGGAAGACCCAAGAAGAGGAAGACCCAAGAAGAGGAAGACCCAAGAAGAAGACCCAAGAAGAAGAACCCAGAAGAAGAGGAAGACCCAAGAAAGGAAGACCCAAGAAGAAGAAGACCCAAGAAGAGGAAGACCCAAGAACAGGAAGACCCAAGAAGAGGAAGACCCAAGAAGAGGAAGACCCAAGAAGAGGAAGACCCAAGAAGAGGAAGACCCAAGAAGAGGAAGACCCAAGAAGAGGAAGACCCCAAGAAGAGGAAGACCCAAGAAGAGGAAGACCCAAGAAGAGGAAGACCCAAGAAGAGGAAGACCCAAGAAGAAGAAGACCCAAGAAGAGGAAGACCCAAGAAGAGGAAGACACAAGAGCAGGAGGGCAAGAGAAAGAACUAA